AUGCUGCUAGCGUUUCUCUUGUCUCUGUGGAUCCCGACAGUUCAUCAUAUCUGCUCAGAACUGAAUUCUUACAAUACAUAUUAUAUUCCUAUAAUGUCAACUCAAGUUACGGCGACCGUUCUGUGCCUAUUUUGUGCAUUUGUCAGUUUGUUUAUUGCAAACAUAGCCAUCGCAUGGUACCUGGCUUAUUGGAUGAAUUACAAGCUUGAUUUCGUACUAAACUAUGUUGGAAACGCUUGUUUCUUCGUGGGUUGCGCGUGUUUUGUCGUUAUACCAUUUCUGACGCCGCCGCCAGUUGCGGAUAUAUCAAAAAGUGCGUGA